AUGGCUGCUGCCAAUUCCACCCACAGCCGGUCGAAUGACACUCAAAGCGAGGGAAGACGUUCUAGUAAAAAGGUAAAAUACGUUUACUGAAAAGAGUGUAUUUAUAUAUUUUUUUGCUUGUAAUGAAAGUUUUUGUCAUUUUUUGGUUUGUAAAGAAAGUUCUUGCUAUUUUUGGUUUGUAAAGAAAGUUCUUGCUGUUUCGUGCCGUGUAAACAAAGUUCUUGCAGAUAGACUCGAAGCGGACCAAAUCCGCGCCUCCGGCAAUUCGAACCGCGAAGAAUUCGAAGCGAAAAUCAAAAGGGAAAAGGGGCAAUGUUCCGAAUGCCGAAUAUCCACCUUCAAGUUGUUCUUCUAAGUCUUCCAAAGGCAGUAAAAACAAAAACACAUCUGCUAAGUCGGCCAGAGAAUCCAUGGCUUCUGAUUUUAAGGAUGGUGGAGAAGUUGAUGUUGAAAUGGAAGAGCCUGCUGUUGCUUCGUCGACCAAAGCUAGUGGGAGGUGUCAAUGUAUUCCUCGGAAAAAGUAAGAUAUUUUAAGUUUGGGUACUGUAGGGUAGAUUACUGUAGUAUAAAGUAUAGUAAGGUGGGAUACUGUAGGAUAGCGUACUAUUGAGUUGGGUACUGUAGGGUAGGCUACUUUAGAGUAGACUAGUGUAAUAUAAAAAAUAUUUUCAGACGCCACCGCCGUGACUACUACUACCUAGUCCUGGGCCUAACCCGACCCGCCGCUCCCGAACAUAUUCAUCUUCACUAUCAAAUGGAAAUCAAUCGAAUUCGCAUCCUUCAAGCACAACAAAAUGGCAGUCUAAGUCAAGAACAGAAGGAACAUUUGGCUGAGAUCAAUUUCGCAUACACAAUAUUGGCACAUACUCAGAAGCGGAAGAUCUAUGACACUUAUGGGCUGAGGGGAGUACUAUUGGGCGAGAAGAAGCCAAUAGUACAUCAUAGUUUGUAUAUGAUUGCUACUAAGGCUUGGAAAGUAAGUUUUUGGGUGUUCUUUGAGAUUUUAAAACUUUUUUUUUGAAAUUUAAAAAAUUUUUGAAAUUUAAAAAUUCUUCGAAAUUUUAAAAAUUUUUGUAUUUUUUAUUUUUUGAUGAUUUUUUGGUUUUUUCAAAAAUUUUUCAGGUAGCAAUUCAUGUCCUGACCUACCUGACCUGCUUUUGGUGCGGAUGUUGCUGUUGUUGCGGGUGUUGCUGCAUGUGUUGUUGCCGAUGUUGUUGUCACGGCUUUUGUGGUCAGAAUGUGAUGAGUGGGAUUGUGAGUUUGAAUUUUUUUUUCAAUUUUUUAGUGAUAGAAAAUAAAAAUUUUGAAAUUUUUUAAAUUUUUGAUUUUUUUAUUUUUAUUUUUUUUAAGUAAAAAUUUAAUUGAUAUCGUAUUUUACAACAAUUACAAUUUUUUUUUUGAAAUUUCAGUGUGAACUACAUCAGAAACAAUUUGAGGAUUACACGGUAGAAGCUCGUACUAUAACUACUGUGGAAAAGAAUGUUAAAGUAAGCUGAAUUUUUACCUCUACCCCCUACGUCUUAUCGCCUACCCCCACCUUUUACCCUCUACCCCCAUUACCAUCUUUACGCUUAUUUUACCCUUAUCCUGACCUCUAGUUCUAGUCUUAUUUCUACUCUUACACAUUUAUUUACUCAUUAAAGUCAUUAAAAAAGUUUUGUCGUCAAUUUUCAUUGAUUUUCACGUAUAAAAACGACAAAACUUUUUUUGGCACGAUUUGAAGCAAAACUAUUUUUAAAAAUUUUAACGAAUUUUAAAAAAGUGCCAUUUUUUUAGAAAAGCAAGCACCAAAUCACAUCCAACUCAGUGGAAAGUAAGCCCACAUCAAAGAAAAACCGUCACGGCUCAACCAGAUCGAGUGGUCAUGUUGAUAGGGCACGAUUGUUCAUUGACAAACCCGACAUCUCGGUGAAACAUGUUCAUCAGUUCAAGCCGAGGCAGUCGACGGAGGCUGAUACGGGUGGGUUACAUUUUUUUGUUUUUAAACUUUACAAGCCGAUAUUAUAGUAGGUAAAGCGGUGUAAUGUAGUUUUUUUUGGUUUUAUGGGUUCAAAGUAUGGUAAAAUACGUCGUUUUGACGUUUUCUGGUUUAAAUUAACAUAUUAAUUGUAUAAAAUACAAUGCCAAGAUUUUUAAAGGUUUUCGUGGUGGGUCCAAAAAUGUAAAAUUUUGGUUAAAUACGGAAAUUACAGUAUCAUAUGUUUAUAUUGACUCUAUAAAAGCUGAAUACAUAAUGCCACGCUUUUAAAGGUUUUCGUGGUGGGACCUAAAAGUUUUUGAAAUUUUUAGAUUUUUGACAUUUUUAAGUACAUCUAAUGAUUAUGAUGAUAAUAUUUAUUUCAGCGGACAUUUUCAAAAAGUACAGCACGAAACAUGAGCAUGUUAACAUCCCCGAGCUGGAUAUGAGCAAAUUGAGGAAUAAAAACCAAUCCAAAAAGACGCCAAUUCAGAAAAUCAAUAAGUCAACGAAAAGCCACACUCACCACAGGAAUAAGACACAAUCAUCAAUGUCAAGUAGGUUUUAGAAUUUUGAUUGCAGUAAGUUCGGUAGGGUUACGGUAGAGGACGGUAGGGUAGAUAGGGGUGUCAGAGUAGGGGGGGGGGGGUGUGACAAGAAAAAUACUUUAAAAUGUUUAAAAUUGUCACUUCCAGCCAGAAAAAGCAGUGAAAGUGGAACACAAUCUUCCACAGAUGCCUGUAGUCAUAUGCAAUCGGUAAAAAUUUCGUCGGCCGAAGAACUGCAAAGUCAGCUUGGAAUCAGCGCAAAGACCAAGAAGAGCACCUCUACCACAACAUCAUGCUCAUCGGCCGAAUGCAAAAAGAAGAAACAAGAGAGGAGAGCCAAGAGAGCGGAAAAGAAACGACACAAAAGCGCCAGAAAACAUGGUUAA